AGAUGUCAAAUCAGGUCGAUGUUCCGCUCAUGAAAUCUUUCGUGUUGAUGCAAUAGUGUAAUUGCGAUAAUUGUAUCAAUCAUAGAUUGGUAUAACACCAGAUCUAAAGACAUUUUAUAAAGUUCAGCAUGAAUUCACAGAAAAUUUGCUCACCAGGCUGUAUCAACUUUAUUUCGCAAAUUUCACGAAGUUUUAGCAAGUCGUGUGCAAGAGAAAGUCAGAAAAAGUGUCGACUUCUUGUCAUUGGAGGAGGAACGGGAGGUUGUUCCACUGCUGCCAAGUUUGUCCGAAAAAUAGGUGCCGGAAAUGUUACCCUUAUUGAACCAGCAGAUACCCAUUACUAUCAGCCCAUGUGGACAUUGGUUGGUGGUGGAAUAAAAAGUUUAGAUGAUUCUUCCCGCUCUAUGAAGUCUGUGAUUCCAAGUGGUUGUGAAUGGAUAAAAGAUAAAGCUGUAAAAUUUGAUCCAAUCAAUAAUACUGUGACCACAGCUAAUGGAACAAAUGUCCAAUAUGAAUAUCUUAUUGUUGCCAUGGGUUUGCAGUUGAAUUAUGGUCAUGUAAAAGGACUCUUAGAAGCUUUAGAACAUGAUCCUGCUGUUGUUUCGAAUUAUUGGGACAAAAGUCUGGUCAAAACAUUUCCUGCUUUACAGAAGUUACAGAGUGGAAAUGCUAUUUUCACGUUUCCUAAUACACCAAUAAAAUGUGCAGGUGCUCCACAGAAGAUUAUGUAUUUGGCAGAUGAUUUCUGGAGGAAGAAUGGAAGACGUGAAAAUAUUAAUAUCAGUUUUAAUACUGCUCUUGGUGUUAUUUUCGGUGUUAAGAAAUAUGCAGAUCGACUUUCUGAAAUCGUCAAAAAAAGAAAUAUUGGUGUUAAUUUUAAUCUGAACCUCAUAGAAGUAAAACCUGAAUCGAAGGAAGCCAUAUUUGCUGUUACAAAUAGUGAUAAGGGAGAAACAAAAUCAGUAAAGUAUGAUUUUCUACAUGUUACUCCACCUAUGUCAUCACCAGAUGCUUUAAGAGAGAGUACAUUAGUAGAUCAGACAGGAUAUUUAAAUGUCAAUAAAGAAACAUUACAGCACAUGGAAUAUAAAAAUAUAUUUGGAAUUGGUGAUUGUACCAAUGUUCCUACUUCUAAAACAGCUGCUGCCGUUGCUGCUCAGGCAGGAAUCCUAAAGACAAAUCUUAGUGCUGUUAUAGAUGGAAAACCUGUUCAGUCACUGUACAAUGGCUAUACAUCAUGUCCUUUGGUGACAAGUUACAGUAAAUGUAUCUUGGCUGAAUUUGAUUUUAACGGUCAACCACUAGAAACUUUUCCAGUUGAUCAAGGCAAGGAACGAAGAAGCAUGUUUUUGAUGAAGAAAUAUUUCAUGCCUUUCUUGUAUUGGAAUGGUAUGUUGAAGGGUUAUUGGAACGGACCUGGUGUUUUUAGGAAGAUAAUGAGGUUGGGACAAUAAAUAUAUAAGUGUCAUAUACAUUUGUUAAAAAGAAGCUAGUCUUCAAAGAAAAGUGUUAUUGUUACACUAAGCUGGUAUUUAAUAAGACGAUAAAGAAGUGAUAUAGUAUUGUUUGAUACAGAUGUUCAUCCGCUGAUGGUGAAUAAAUAUUUUCUUAUUUAAUAUACAUAUUUAAUAUUGAUUAAUAGAUUCAAUUCAUACUGCUGUUAUUUUUAGCCCAUCAUGCAAAUAGUCUAGUUUUUUACCGCUAAAGGGGAUAGGAGAAUGAUUCGAAGGACACUAAGCAAAUAAUUUUUCUGAUGAGUACCAGUAUAUGUUGUUGAAAAUAAUUGAUUUAUUUUAAAACAUUUUAAGGUGCAGGCAUUACUUAACCAAUUCACUCAGGAAAUUGAAAGUCUCCCAUUCAUUUUGAAUCAAAACUUUAUAUAAUUGUUAAUGAUAACUGAUCAGUUUCCAUAUUUUCGAGGUUUCGGUUUGAGAAAAUUCUCAUUGCCUUGGAAUUGGUUAAGAAUCAUACAAUGUAGAGCCUACACUGUUGAGUUUAAUUUUGUAGACAUUGAAAACUGGAUAGGGUACAGUGGGUGAAGAUAUCAAUGCAGUAGACAUAUUCCCCUGCUAAUUUAGUGCUAUCAUAAUGUAAUCUUGUUUUGCUUUUAUUUGUUUUAGCUUAAUUUGUACAUUCUUUGUAUACUUCUAAAAUAAUGAACUGAAGAAAUGUUGCUGUUUCCUAGUACAUUUAAUUGAUAGAAACAUAAAUAUUCAGUGCAUUUAAAUUUUGUGGUAGAAAAUACUGUUUGGUCAAGACUUUGGACUUUUGAGUGAUAUCUGAAUCUGUCCAUGUUUUUUAUACGCCCACAUUUUUAUGUGGACGUAUAUUGCCGUUGCCCCUGUCCGUCUGGACUAGUCUACAGGUCACAAUUUUUAUUCGAUUUCAACGAAACUUAAAAUGUAGGUUUAUCUCCCUAAGAUAUCGGUUCCUUUCGAUAUUGGCAUGUAUCGGAUUGAAACUUCAUGGUUUAUGGCCCCUGAUUGUACGAAAAAUCACGUUUUUAGCUUGUGGAUACUCUAAAUGUCACAAUUUUCACCCGAUUUUGAUUAAACUUGAAAUGCAUGUUUAUAACCCAAAGAUCGUGGUUCCUUUCGCGCAUAUCAAGGUUGUAGAUCCUCUAGAGGUCACAAUUUUUAUCCGAUUUUGAUCAAACUUGACAUGCAUGUUUAUAACCCAAAGAUCUUGGUUGCUGUCGAUAUUUGCGCAUAUCGGAUUGUAACUUCCUGAAUUAUGGCCCCUGAUUGUACGAAAAAUCGUGUUUUUAGCUUUUGGUCCCUUUAGAGGUCACAAUUAUUAUCUGAUUUACAAAAAUGUUGGUUGAGUUCGAAUUUCGUGAAAAUCGGACCAAAACUGUCAGACAGAAUGGCCGCCCCUCGUGAGCAAAUAGUGUAAACAUCUGGUAUAUCAAGGUUGUGGACCCUCUCGAGGUCAGAAUUUUGAUCCGAUUCGUUCUCCGUCCAUCUCUUGCAAAAUGUGGGCGUAACUUCCAUGGCAACCACUUGUUUUAAAUAUAUGCACACAUUGAAAUGUGGUUUGAUUCUGUCCUCGCCAUACAGUUCCUUGUGGACGCUCUAGAGACUAAAGUUAUUAUCCAAUUGACAAAUAUCGGUACUCCUAAAAUUUACAACGAUUUCCAAUUGUUAUGGACCUUUAUCACUUUCAAAGUCUUGUGGAUUAUCUAGAGGCUAAAUAUAUCUUUUGAUUGACUUUGAAUUUAACAUGAGAGAAAGAAGCCUAUUGAUUGUGGAUAAUAUCCAAUAAUUACUGCCAGAGUUAUGGCUCUUGAUCAAGUUGCAAAAUCUUGUCCUUAGAUUUAUUUACAGUUGUUAAUGUCAUGUAGGUUUUCUACAAUAAUUACUUCCAGAGUUAUUACCUUUGACUCCUUGCAUGCUCAAAAUAAUAUCUUUCAAGUGUCUUUAUUAUACAAAGUUAAUGAUUUGAAAUUAAUACACAAUGUUCAUGAAAUGAGACAUCAGAGCUAAAUUAACCUUUUGAUUAAUGUUUAGGUAGACAAGGAGUUGUAUCUAAUUUUAUUAAUUUUUUAUAAUCACUUCAUGAGUUGUUACUCAUGAUCAGUUUUUAUUGUCUUGUAAUUGCUCCCAUAACAACUUCAUUUGGACUGCUCAGAUGACUGUGGCAUAUGUUUCAUAGUCUUGCAACCUACUUUUAAAACACUAUACUUUACUGGAGGUGGCUUGAAUGUUCACUGUUCCUGCAGUAUUGCAGGUGAGCAGUGGACAGAUUCUAAAUUCUAGCCAGAUCCUUUUCUUCAAAUAUUUUUAUACCUGUGGCCAUAACACUGUUAACCCGUUAAGCGUGACGUUUUUAAAACAUUCACUACCCCCUAUUGUGUAAUUAAUUUGACGAAGUGACGAAGAACUAUGUACUAUGUUCUAAGAAUAGGUUGGGGAAAAUACCUCCAAGUCAUUAUAUUACGCCCUACACACAGUGAGUGGCAGUUGUCCAGGACGUUAUAUAACGCCCUACACACUUAACGGGUUAACCUUUCAUAAAUCCAAAUAUAUUAAUAAAAACUUGUUAACCUUUGAUAAAUCCAAAUAUAUUUAUGAAAGCUUGUUUUUGUAUUCAUAUAUUAUGUUUAUUAUUGUAUUUUCAUACUAUCAAUCUAUAUUGUAUUGUUAUUAUCAGGUUAUUAAACAGAUAUAUCUAAUUA